AUGGUAAUUCAUAUCGCACUUAGCAGCACGUCCAACUCUGCCAUCAUCACCUUUCACCAACUUUUAAAUAAUCAGAAUAUGAAUAAUGAAACGCAAGAAAUAAAGGACGAUGUAUUUUAUACACUGAAUAAUUCUCUUUGUAAAGAAAUUGAUCCAGAAAGUUCAUUUUUAUGUGAGACAUCGUCAACAAAAACGAGUUCUUUGACAUGCAAACACACAAAUAUAUCAUUUGGAAGUGCUGAGUGUUCUUUAACGGAUUGUACGGACAAUGAGAGUGUUUUAUCACCGGUAAAUAGCAGUAUUUUACGCGAUAAAACGUGUUUGUUAAUUGAGACGGAUAUGCUUUCAAAUGAGGCUUGUAAGCGCAGGGAGGUGGCAUUGGAGAUUCUGGAUACAGAAAGGACAUAUUUGGAUGGAUUACGUCUUAUUAUGAAUCAUUUUUUUAACCCUAUUCUUGAUUCUCUGUCAACGUCAAGGCCUAUUCUUUCGAAAACACGGAUUUCUGAUAUUUUUUCCAAUUUUAUUGAUAUCUUUAAUUUUAAUACUGAAUUGCUUAAAAUGUUGGAAGAGCGGCUAGAUCCUUUUAAUACAGGCACACUUUGUAAUUGGGAUCCGAAAAAGGAUUGUUUAGGUGAUAUUUUUCUUCAAAUGGGACCAUCUUUGAAAAUAUAUUCUAUUUAUUGUUUAAAUUUUUCUUCUGCACUUAGUACAAUAGAACAUGAAUUUAAAGAGAAUCCUAUAUUUAAUAUGUUUAUAAAGAAACCGGAAUUGAAAAAAGUAUGUAAUGGUUUAAAUUUGCAAAGCUACCUCCUUUCUAUUGUGCAAAGAGUACCUCGUUAUAAGUUAUUGCUUCAUGAGUUAUUGCGUUAUACAAAUAAAGAUCAUCAAGAUCACCAGGGAUUAUCCAAAGCAUUUUGUAUUAUAGAAGAAGUUGCUGUAUUAAUGAAUGAAACUAUUAAACAGUAUGAGAAUUGGAUGGUAAUGUCGAAAAUACAGAGAUCUCUUUUCAAUUUAGAUGAACCUUUAUUAUCCAUUCCAACUCGAUAUUUUAUAAAACAAGGUUUUGUAUAUAAAUUUUGUCGUAGAACUCAUCAAAAAAGAAUGCUUUUUCUAUUUAAUGAUUGCUUAAUUUAUGCAACUCCAGUAACUUUUUUGAACAUUUCUGAAAAAAUAUUUUAUUAUUUUAAUUUUAGAGUGCCUUUGGACACAUUACAUAUUGAUGAUGAAUUUUACGCAAAUAAAGGAAUUAAUAAUGCUUGGAGAAUUUUAAAUUCCAAAAAAAGUCUGAAUAUUUGUUGUGAUUCUCCAAAAGAAAAGGAAGAUUGGAUGAAAAUUAUUAAAAAUGCUAAAAAUGAAUAUCUCAUUGCAAAAAACACUUUCCAAAUUAUUUCUUGUAAGAAUGUUCGAGAUCCAAGUAAAUUGUCUCAAAAAUAUUUACUAAUAAACAAUUAUUCUAUUCCAACAUGGGUACGGGAUUCUUCUACACAGAAAUGUAUGUUGUGUUUUGGAGCAUUCAAUUGGAUUAAAAGGAAGCAUCAUUGCCGCUUUUGUGGUAAAGUUGUUUGUCAUGGGUGUAGCACAAAUAAUUUUCUUAUUUCGAAGGAUACUUUACCAUUAGAAAAGAAAAGUGUUUCAUAUUUUUAUUCAUUACUUUUGCGAAUGCCUUUUAUUUCUUUAGAUAAAGCUAAGAUGGAUUCAAAUUCUUCCAAAUAUAGGAUUCUCCGUGCAUGUGAUUUAUGUUAUUUUUCUAAAGCUUCAGAAAUAGAUAGUCAAGAAAUUCUUAAUAAAUCUCAAUCUAAUCUUAAUGUGUCAGAAUCUAUUACAUCUCAGAAAGAAUCUCUUUUUGAUAGAAACCUUCCGACAAUAAAUAAAACAUCAUUGCCAAUAAUUAGGAGUAUUAGAAUAAAAGCACAUGGUGAAAUAAUAAAGUUCUUGGAUUAUUAA